CUACGGAAAACGGGUGACUCAAAUAAUAGUAAUGGUAAACCUGGUAGCAGUACAAAGCCUUCAGCAAAGAGUUCAGGAAACUCAACAGAACCCACUCCCGCCAUAGUUGUUAUAAACGUGGGGGAACAGAGGGGGCAUACCUCUUCAGAUAGCACUUCGCCUAUUUCUCCUGCAAAUAACCAUAAGUCUCAUUCAAAAGAAGACCCUCCAAAGAGAGACCCUUUGAAUCGUUUAAAAGGUGCUCCAAAAGAUGUUAUUCCUAUCAGUAAAGUUCCGCGGCGUCAAAGGUCAUCGAGAUUUCAUGCCUCAGCAGGAUUAGUUGAAUUGGAAAAAUUACCUAAUUUCAACGAACUUUUCCUAAGAAAACUUAAUCAAUGUUCGGUAAUUUUCGAUUUUAAUGAUGCAAGUAGUGACCUAAAAGGAAAAGAGAUAAAAAGGUCUACAUUGUCUGAGCUCUUGGAAUAUAUUACUACAAAUCGUGGAGUAAUUACUGAACCAAUAUAUUCAGAGGUCGUUUCUAUGUUUGCUAUUAAUCUUUUUAGAACCAUACCUCCACAAGUUAAUCCUAUCGGUGAUGCUUUUGACCCUGAGGAAGACGAACCAGUUCUUGAGCUUGCAUGGCCACACCUUCAGAUUGUUUACGAAUUCUUUCUUCGAUUCAUUGAGUCACCCGAUUUCAACACAAACAUUGCCAAGAAAUAUAUUGAUACACAAUUCAUAUUACAUUUGUUAGAAUUAUUUGAUAGCGAAGAUCCAAGAGAACGUGACUUUUUAAAGACGACAUUGCACCGAAUUUAUGGAAAAUUUCUAAAUUUACGCGCAUUUAUCCGAAAAUCGAUUAACAACGUGUUCUUCCAAUUUAUAUAUGAAACAGAACGUCAUAAUGGUAUUGCAGAAUUAUUAGAAAUUCUUGGAAGUAUUAUCAAUGGUUUUGCAUUACCAUUAAAAACAGAACAUAAAACAUUCCUCACAAAAGUGUUGAUACCUUUACAUAAAGUCAAAUCAUUGACAUUGUAUCAUCCACAAUUAGCUUAUUGUGUUGUGCAAUUUUUAGAAAAAGAUCCUUCAUUGACAGAAGAAGUAAACAGUCCCAAAGAAGUAAUGUUUUUGAAUGAGAUUGAGGAAAUCUUGGAUGUUAUAGAACCACAAGAGUUUGUAAAAAUUCAAGUACCAUUAUUUCAACAAAUUGCACGAUGUGUAUCGAGCCCACAUUUUCAGGAAACAUGGCAUAGGUUAGAAAGAACAGCUGCACAUAAUGCUCAAGGUCUUCCGUUACCUUAUGCAAUUGGUGGUCCUUUAACAUCUUCAAGAACUAAUGUAGCCAGUGAGUUAGCAGACAACAAUUCUGAUGAGGAACCCGUAGAACCUAAAGGUGACGUACCAGAAGAUAACGAUGUGCACGGGGAAAUGCAACCAUUUGAAGGAGGUGGUGAAUUCAAUCAGUUUCGCCGUAAAUCCAUCAUACCUGUUGAUGAAAGUGUGUUGUCUGAACUAUCUAGGCAUCGUAGUUUGGACGAAGUUCUUAACGGACCUCCUGCUCCUGACGGAA